AUGCUUGGAGUCAUCUCCAACCAUGCAGCGAGCUCCGGCAAACUUGGAUCAAUCACGCUUGUGGGCGCAGGACCGGGUGAUCCUGACUUGCUUACUCUUGGAGCGUUGAAAGCGAUACACGCGGCAGACCUUGUGAUUGCAGAUAGACUUGUCUCAAAAGAAAUUCUAGCGCUGAUCAAGUCUGAGUUGAAGAUUGCCCAGAAGUAUCCAGGAUGUGCACAUGACGCACAGAAUGAGAUUUAUCGCUGGUGUGCAGAGGGUUUGGUAGAGGGCAAGAAGAUUGUUAGAUUAAAGAUAGGUGAUCCUUUUGUAUUUGGACGUGGAGGUGAAGAAGUUUUGGAGCUCAGGAAGUUUGGUGUUGAAGCCAAAGUUAUCCCAGGAAUUUCCUCGGCUCUUGCAGGACCUCUCGCAGCUGGAAUACCAGUCACUCACAGAGGUGUUGCUAACCGUGUCGUAUUUUGCACUGGUAUGGGAAAGGAAGAGAGCAUUCCAGAUAUACCAGCAUACCAUCCUGAACAAACGUGCGUUUUCUUGAUGGCUGUCGGUAGACUGAAAGCUCUCACUGAUGACUUGACAAAAGGAGGAUAUCCUUCGACAACGCCCGUUGGAAUCAUCGAAAGGGCGACAACUCCGCAUGAGCGCACCAUCCGAGGGACUAUCGAAGACAUUGUCAUCUUAGCAUCAGAAGAGAAGAUCAGGCCACCUUCUGUUAUCGUUGUUGGAGAGGCUGUCAAUGUACUCAGCAAACAGGAGAAACAUCAUCAAACCAUUAUUCCUUUCAGACGUAGCGCCAUGUCGUUGGAGUCCUUGUCGAAAGCUUGCGAACCAUCGGGAGAAGGGAGCGAAAGUUGAAAUCAAAGUUACUUCAAAGUUAUGAAUUUAUUCACAAG